AUGAACCCCGCAGAGAUCGUGCGCGCCAUCCGCGCCCAAGCGGCAUUGGACCAAAACCCCAACACCAACAACCAGGCUGCUGUUGCUGGAUUCAUGGCCUACAAGCUUUCGCAGCAUCGCGAUGAGAUCCUACGCUCUAUGAAAGCAAGUUCGUCAUCUGCAGCAUCGUCCUCGUCCUCGUCGUCUGCAUCGCCACCUCCUGGCUGCCCCAUGCAUGCCAGUGGCAGUGGCUCUGCUGUGCCGUCUCAGCCAGCACCACCAAAGCCGUCGCCAAUAAAGAUGGUCCCUUCGUCCGGAGGCCAGUGCCCUAUCCCUCACGAAAAUCGCGACGCCUAUCUCGCCUCUAAAUCAGCAGCAAAGCAUACGUCUGCCGGUGCCAUGACUCCAUCAACAUCAGCAUCCUCAUCCUCAUCCUCUUCCUCUUCCUCAUCCUCCAAGCCAUGGUCUUCGACAUUGAACCCUCUCAACAUGAUGCCCACCCUCGGUCAGGAUAAAGCACCAGAACAGCAGACGCCCCUCUCCACAGAGCGAGUCGUCUCCUCCAUCCCUCGGUCGCGAAACUCGGCUGCACCCGGUGCUUCUCCAUACGAUGCGCCUUCCGCGUGCCCAGUCAAGCACAAUGCUAGCAAGCCCUCUGAAGAGCAGACCGAAAAGUGGGAGUACCCGUCUCCACAGCAAUUCUACAACGCACUUGUCCGUAAGGGCUGGGAGACUCCCGAAGAGCACGUCGAAACCAUGGUCAUGGUGCACAACUUCCUCAAUGAACAGGCAUGGCUCGAAGUGCUUGAAUGGGAGAAGCUUGCAGGUGCCGACGCUUCUCGUGCCGAACUCGCUCGUUUCCAGGGCAAGCCCGGUACAAAGACACCCAAAGCAAGGUUGUUUGGAAUGAUGGCCAAGAUCAUGCCCAACACUUUCAGUUCCGAGCCACCCUUCGACCGUCACGAUUGGGUCGUAAGGAGGCCAGACCAGGAUGGAAAGGAGGUCAGAUACGUUAUCGAUUACUACAGCGUUCCCGAUGAUCCGGACAAGGAGGAUCCCGAAUUCGUGCUCGACGUCCGACCUGCUCUUGACUCGUUCGAGAGUCUCAGCGUCAGAUUGCAGAAGGGCUUCCAGGAGUGGAAGGAGGGCCAAGGAUUCUUCUCUGCUUUCGCUGCGGAAAACAUCAAUGAGGCCAAACCAACUGCGUCAAACGCGUAG